UCCAGGAGUCAGGAAUAGACCUACUGCUCUUCCUCCUGAGGGAGGUACAGUACAUGACUAAGGAGGAGAGAAGAGGAGCGUCCAGGGAGGUGUCUUAACGUCCAGAGCCAUGCCACGGUUCAACCUACACCGCUGAUGGUCCUCCUUUCUCAGACUCCUCUCAACGUAGGCAGCCCAGGAUGCUGUAUUCCCAUGGAUCAAAAUACCUGUUCCUGGUGAGAUACAUGGCACUGCCAGUCCAGAGAGGAGCAUAACGAAUGCAGUGGAUGGUGUCGUUGGCAAACCCUAAUUUGCAGAGAUAAUCCAGGCUGAUUAACUGAAGACCCGUGGUGGUGCAGGACAACUAAAGCUUAGAUUUAAAGCAUCUGAGCAGACUGCUGUCUGUGGUCCAACGUGGGCAUGUGGAGUCGUUUUAGGUUCAUGUCUGAAGAUGCUGACGAUCACUAGCUCCACAUCCUUGUUGCUACAGGUGUAAGUGCUGAGGAUACUUGAUUUUACUAUUUUGAGGUUGCUGUUACUUUGUUAAUGUGAUUAGGUUUUUAUCUUAGACUGUGUGUGUGUGUGUGUGUGUGUGUGUGUGGUGCAUGCCAAGGCACUGCCAUGGCAGUGGAUGUCUGCCUGAGUAUUCCGUCCUCUAGUACUCCACCCUCAGACAAGCAGUGGAGUCCCCUACCGCUUCAUGGAGUCAGUCAGGACCCCCCGGGCGAAUUACACGUUGGUCGGGGAGGUGAUGCGUCACGUCAUACCUGGACCCACACAGUGCUCCAUAGGGUGUGGAGGUCUGAACUGCAAGUAUGAGGACCCUGACCGCUGGAGUGAGGACAAGCAGGCCAUCAAAGGCCUCUACUCCUCCUGGGUCACAGAGAACCUACUUGCCAUGGCCAGGCCCUCUACUGCAUUAAUAGAAAAGUACAACAUCAUUGACCAAUUUAAAAGAUGUGGCCUAAAGACGGUGAUAAACCUGCAGAGACCAGGGGAACACGCCAGCUGUGGUCCCAACACACUGGAACCAGAGAGUGGAUUCUCCUACCGACCUGAGGUGUUCAUGGAGAAUGACAUAUAUUUCUAUAACUUUGGAUGGAAUGACUAUGGGGUGGCCUCCCUCACAUCCAUCCUGGACAUGGUGAAAGUCAUGUCCUUUGCGAUGCAGGAGGGGAAAAUGUCUGUCCACUGUCAUGCUGGUCUGGGAAGAACAGGUGUGUUGUUAGCGUGUUACCUGGUCUUCGCCACCAGGAUGACCGCUGACCAGGCCAUCGUGUUUGUACGUUCUAAACGUCCCAACUCCAUCCAGACCAGAGGUCAGCUGUAUUGUGUGCGGGAGUUUGCCCAGUUCUUGGUCCCCAUCAGGAGUAUUUUCUCCUACGCUGAGCCCAGAACUAACCCAGUCACCCUGUCCCAGUUCCUGACCCGCCAGAGACACAUGCUGCACGGCUAUGAGCGCCGGGAGCUCAGGCACCUGCCCAAGAUCAUCCAUGUGAUCUGCAAGCUGCUUCUGGACAUCGCUGAGCACCGUCAGGUUAUCGAGGAGGACAUGCUGGACGUGAAUGACAUGACCGCCGAAGAGGAGGUGGAGUUUGAGCGCUACUACGACUUUGGCUUCACCAAGGGUAGCUUCGGGGGAGGCAGCAUGGGGGACCGGCCCCGCUUACCAGGACCCCCAACCAAACACCGACACGCCAACGAACCAGCCCUCUUCUACCACCGCAAGAGCCUGAGCUACAGCGAGUCGGACGUGCAGAGGCUAGGCUCUGAGCUUCACCUGCUGACCCAACCUCUCUCCAACUUUCUGUCCGCUAGCAACAUGCCUGUGGCCUGUUCUCCCUCCCUGAACUCCCUGUAUAGAACCCUGGCCACGGCCAGCCCCGUCACCACCACAUACAGCUCCCAAAAUGGAUCCUUCCCCCAUGGGUCCCUCUGGGAGCAGAAGAGCCUGGCGGAGGGAUCCCCACUCCUAAAGAAGAGGCAGAAAGCCUGCCAGAGCAGCAAGUCUGAGUGCCACCCUAAGCAGAAAACAUUUGGCAGCAUGUUGUUUAGGUGGAGGAAGAAGCAGAGGGAGAAUUUAGCGAACAAUGGGAAUGUGUCCCAGGUGUUUCAGACUGAGGAGUCAGAGGUGCCCUUCAUCACCAUCCAGACAGAGCUGUCCAAGGAGGCCAGGCGGGUGCUGGUGGCCCAGGCCCUGGCUGUGGAUCUGGAGCUGGAUGGAGAGGAGGAACACAGGGAGAGACUCCACGCCUGGCAGUCCGGGUUAAACACGGGAGGGGCUUGGGAGAGGCUGUGUACAUUGGAGAAGGAUCCAUUUGUGCUCUCUGGGCUGAUGUGGACCUGGCUGGAGCAGCUGAAGGAGCCAGUCAUCUCUGUCAGAGAUGUACAGAAACUGGACCUUAACGACAGUGAUCCUGCAAACCCAGAGGCUGUCUUCAAACCACUGGACCAGGCUCCCAGGGAGAUGUUGAUGUGCAUUCUGGACUGUAUGGCUCAUGUUCUCACAAUACCAGAAGAGGUGGAGGCUGCUUUCCUGGAGCGCACCAUCAAGGCUUUCACCAAGAUGGGAAAAUGCUCAGCGGUGUAUCCGGCCAUGACAGAGAUCCUAAGGCUGGUCCUACAUGACAUGAGGUUUAUAGCCAUAGAGGAGGAUGAGGUAGCAUUUAUGCCUCCCGGCCCUAUUAUGCUGACCCCAUAGCCCUGCUGGAUUCUGCUGGAUUCUGUUCCAGACUGUCCCUAUGUAGAGACUUGUUAUAUAUUAAACAGCCAUAUACAGUGGCAAGAAAAAGUAUGUGAACCCUUUGGAAUUACCUGGACUUCUGCAUCAAUUGGUCAUACAAUUUGAUCUGAUCUUCAUCUAGGUUACAACAAUAGACAAACACAGUCUGCUUAAACUAAUAACACAAAAAAUUAUACGUU